CGAGUGGGCGCGGCUUGGUAUAAGCCAAGACUUCCUUACGCCACCCCAAACCAGCACCUACCGUCAUCACGAAAGAAGUGCACUUACUCCCCGCCCCUUGACUGCGCCUGCUCUUCUAGCACUUGAACUAGAGUUCGACUUCGGAGACAUGCGGCGACGCCUACGAGACGCUCAGCUGAGCAAUAGAAGCGCAACCUCCCUAGCGGCACCACUGCCGCUGCUGCUGUUGCUGGGGCUGCUGUCGAGCGCCGCGCUGGGUCAACAGCUGUCACCGGCCCGACCUCCGCCACAUCACGCUCAUCAGGCAGCAGCAGCAGAAGCGGGUCCCAGCUACGGCGAUGGGUUCUGCACCAGACGCGGCGGCGACUUGACUGUGGCGCUGCCGCCAGUGGUGGGUGGACGUCUCGCGGCCUUUUGCCCGGGUCCUCUGCUAGAGACGCAGCCGCCUUCGCCCGCCGCCGCGCGGCCGCGUGUGGCAGCAUCUGCCCAACCCGCCGACGGCCUUGACAGGGCCGGUACUUGGGAGGCUUCCGCGCCUUGCAGCAGCAGCGGCAGUAGCUGCCGACACGAUAGUGGCAGUAGCAGCAGCCACGACGACAGUGGCAGUAGCGGCAAUGCUAGCCACGAGGCAGGGGGCACGGCUGCUUUGCGGCGGCUGUGGGCGGCGGUGCGUGCCGGCGCCGCCACAGGCCGGUGGCAAGGCGGGCUGGCGGCGCGGACGUCGUCGGCGCCUGCUGGGUUGUGGCGGGGGGCGGUGGUGCUGCUGCGUAAGGCCGUGCUGACGGUGCUGGCGGCGCCGCUACUGCUGUGCGUGGCGCUGUGGUUGCGCUCGCUGCUGCUUCCCCGCUACGACCUGGACUCCAUUCCGGGCCCCUGGCCGCACGCGCUGCCGCUGCUGGGCAACAUGCUGUCCGUGCUGCGCCCCGACUUCCACCGCGUGCUGCUGCGCUGGGCCGACCAGUACGGCGGCGUGGUGCGGAUCAAGUUCCUGUGGCAGGACUCGCUGCUGGUGACCGACCCCGCGGCGCUGGCGUCCAUCUGCGGCCGCGGCGAGGGCGCCUGCGACAAGGCCGCCGCCAUCUACACGCCCAUCAAUGCCAUGUGCACCCCCAGGGGCCACGUGAACUUGCUGACCAGCCCCGCCAACGACGCCUGGCGGGCGGUGCGCAAGGCGGUGGCCGUGUCCUUCUCCUGGAACAACAUCAAAAACAAGUUCCCCAUCAUCAGGGACCGCACCUCCGAGCUGGUGGAGUGGCUGCGCGCCGAGGGCCCGGCCGCCAGUGUGGACGUGGACCAGGCGGCGCUGCGGGUCACCCUGGACGUCAUCGGGCUGACCGCCUUCGGCCACGACUACGGCUGCGUGCGGCUGCGUCAGGUGCCUCCCGAGCACCUGAUCCGGGUGCUGCCGCGCGCCUUCACCGAGGUCAUGAGGCGCAUCGCCAACCCGCUGAGGGCGCUGGCGCCACGACUGGUCAAGAAGGGGACCAAGGGCCUGCAGGCCUUCCGUGACUUCCAGGCGCACAUGCAGCAGCUGCUUCGCGAGGUGCUGGACCGCGGCCCGCCGCCGCCCGAGGACACAGACAUCGGCGCGCAGCUGUGGCGGGCGCUGGACGCCAGCCGCCGCCAGGCGGAGCGCGAGGCGGCGGCGGCGUCGACGGAGGGAGGCGCAACGGGUCGGCGGCGGCGGGCGGUGCAGCCCGCUAUCACGGAGGAGCGCAUCCUGUCAGAGAUCGGCAUCCUGUUCGUGGAGGGCUUUGAGACCACCGGCCACACUAUCAGCUGGACACUCUUCAACAUAGCCACCACACCCGGUGUGCAGGAGGCGGUGGCGGCGGAGCUGGGCGGGCUGGGGCUGCUGGUGAGGCCGCACGCCAUGGGCGGCCGCGGCGCCGCGCGGCCGCUGGCGCUGGAGGACCUGAAGCGGCUGCCCUACCUGACCGCCUGCGUGAAGGAGGCCAUGCGCAUGUACCCGGUGGUGUCCAUCAUGGGCCGCAUCACGCAGCACCCCACGCGUGUGGGCAAGUACCUGGUGCCGGCCGGUACGCCCAUCGGCACCGCCCUGUUCGCCAUCCACAACACCCGCCACAACUGGACCGACCCCCUGGCCUUCAGGCCCCAGCGCUGGAUGGGCGUGCCGCUGGAGACGUAUGUGGCCGACAUGCGGCCGCGCGAGGGCAUCCACCCCACCACCUUCACCACCGCCGCCACCAGCAGCACCGCCAGCAGCACUGCUGCACGCGUCACGGGCAAGGCACGGCCAUCACCCUACACCACCACCACCGCCACCAAGGCCACCACCGCCACCACCACCACCGCCGCCACCACCACGACCACCACCACCACGCCAGCAGCUGCCGCCAAGACCGACGCCACUGCCGCCGGCACCGCCGCCGCGGCCACCAAAGGCAGCGGCGGCGGCGGCGGCGGCGGCAUCACGGUGGUGGCGGAGCCCGUGGCGGCGGCGCCCGCCGGGCCGGAGGAGGAGGCCGAGGAGGAGGGCGAGGCCGCCGAGGAGGCGGCGGGUGUGAAGCCCACCGGUGCCCCUGCUGCCGCCGCCCCUGUGCCGGCGGGGACCGCGCACGCUGAUGGUGGCGAUGACACUGACGCCGCCUUUGCGGACGCAACCAGCAGCAGCAGCUUCGCGGCAGCUCCCGUCAGCCGCCGCAGCACCGGGCGCUCGGUGUCGGCGCGGGAGCCCCGCCGCCGUGGCGGAGCGCCGGAGGCUGACGGUGACAUGGGCGGCAGCGGCGGCGGUGCGGGCAGCGGCGGUGGUGCGGGUGACGUGAAUGGCACGGCCGCUCCUGCUGCUGCGCAUGACGCGGCGGGCGCUGCUGUUGUCACCGGAGAGGGCCCACAGCAGCAGCAGCAGCAGCAGCAGCCGGAGCCGGCCAAGAUUCGGAGGCAGCCGACGCCGCCUCUGGGGCGGUCAUUUUCCGCGGUGGAGCGGCGCGGGGCGCCCGAGGAGCAGGACUGGGACUUUGGCGGCGGCGGUGGCCGUACCGGCAUCAGCUACAUGCCCUUCAGCGAGGGCCCGCGCUCCUGCGUGGGUCAGUCGCUGGCCAAGCUGGAGGUCAUGACGGUGUUGGCCACACUGCUGGCGCACUUCCGGGUGGAGCUGGCGGAGGAGAUGGGUGGGCGCGAGGGAGUGCACAAGCGCGAGAGCACGCACCUCACGCUACAGACGGCGGGCACACGCGGCAUCCAAAUGCACCUGCACCCGCGCGAGGACGACCCAUGAUGACCGGGUGGGUGGGUUGGGCUGGCUGCAAGUGAGAGCGCGGUGAGGCAGGGUCAAGCUAGGAACCCAAAAUUACAAUGUAUAGAUGUAGUAGUAAUGUCAAGCUGAUUGGGGGUGCUGGUGUUCAAUUGCACAUGUAUGUGUACGCGGGGGCAUGCAUGAACUUAUUGGAGGGCGUCAACCUUACUUCUGGCAGUGCACAAUUGGUGGCAUGACUGGGUGCGUUGGUCGGAUCCUUUUUUGUGGCACUGCUUUGGGCGACUGACUCGACUGCAACUAGUGUCGACUGGAUACUGCUCCUUUUUGGUGCGUGGACUGAGGGAUGUGAAGGCACGCACAUUGUCCACACACACGCACACACAUGCAUGGAUGGUCCUUAAGUAUGCACUUCUGUCGGGCGUUUUGAAUGUGUUAGUUGCUACUGCUUGCCUGUUGAUUGCGGCCUUGCCUACCUUUAGCUAGCAAGCUGGUUUAUUUGUAGAUAAAUGCUGACGCCUUUGCAUAAUUCAGAGCGUGACGUAUUAAUGGGGCCGUGGGCGGGGCGGUGGGGGGGGGUGUUGAACAGUGCAUACCUGUUAAUGCAUGUGGCGCGAGGCGCUGAUGGUUGGAGAUUGGAUAAGACGUACGCAAGGCGGGGCAUGCAAGCAAGCAAGCACGCAAGUGAAGUGGUAGCACCGCACCAGCACCGCAACAGGCAGCUAGCCUACUUAUGCGCAACUAAGAACGCCGCUCGAUGAGGGUGUUGGGGCGGAGGAUGUCUGUGUGUAACCCUGUACGGUACCGUAAUUGGUUGGCUGGGGAGCAUGUACGGUACGCCGGCGGUCUCAGGUGCGCGGGCGUGUGUUGUAAGAUGCUGUUUUC